CACAGAGGGCAUGUGCGAUGGCUACUCUGGUACCCCCAUUCAAGUGGCUCCAUCCCCUCAACAGUCCAGUCUCCGCUGUGGUCCAUCAAUGCCCCGAAAAAGACCCAAGAGUGUGUCAAAUCACAUGGCACCUCUUAAAACUGGUAGUUUGAGAUUUUCACCUCUAAGUGAUCAGGAUUGGCUGUUGCUAUGCGGCCGUGUGGAAGAUGAUAUAACUACAGGAGACUUACCAGGAGCAAGUUCAGAGUGUUCAAAACAAAGUGAUCCAUGGGAGUGCCCUUGUCAAGAAGUAUGUUCUCAAAAAGUCCACUCAAAACCUCAAAUUCAAGACUGCCUUCCCAGAGUGAGAACUGAUAAACAUUCGUCAUUAGAGACUUCAUCACAGUCAGCAAACAGACAUGAUAUUUUGCAGCCAGGAGUUCAAAAUGAAGUUGGUAUGCAGUGCAGUGUAAUGCAUCAUGAAGGCUGGAAAGGACUUUUGCCUCCCUGUAGUCACUCAAAAUCCAAGGAUCCAAGUCAAAACUUAUUUAACAUUCCAAUAGAUGACACAGAAAUGUUAAUUUGUCAUGAUAAACCUGCAGAAAAGUGGAGAGAUGUUUUUGGAGCAGGGCCAUUGUUAGUUCAGCAAUGUCCAAAACAGGAUUUGCAUUGUUCAAGUGGUAGAGAGGAAAUAUUUAACAGAUCUGAUGAUCCAACCACUAUUUCCAAGUAUCAUCAUGUUCAAGGAAGCUGUAAGGAAAAACGAUCCUCUACUCCAGCCAUUAACAAAAGUCUCCAGUCCCUGCUCACCAGCCAGUUCAGUUCGAUGGAAAACCAAGAUUUGAUGGUGGAAGAGGAGAGACAGAGGCAAGCGCAGGUAAAUCCUCAUCAUCCCUCUGGUUCCAAACUGUCCCUGCCUAAGCACAGCCCUCCUCCCUCAGACACAGACAUCAGUGAGAUCGUAAACGGUGACGCGGUUAGGUCCAGUCUAGCAGAUUUCUACUCAUCUCAGCCUCUUCAGCUCCUGGAGGACGCCUUCUCCAAAGUGAUCCAUGAAGACUCCAGUAAAGACCGCAGUGAAAGCCAGACAAGAGACGAGACCAGCAACAUCCCUCAAAAGAAGCCCAGAGACAUUAGCUACAGACUGGGCCAGAGGAGAGCUCUGUUUGGGAAGCGCAAGCAGCUGAGUGAUUAUGCUUUAGUUUGUGGGAUUGGAAUUAUCAUCAUGGUGAUUGAAACAGAGCUCUCCAGAGGGGUGUACACAAAGGAUUCUGCCUACUCUUUUGCCCUGAAAGGCCUAAUCAGCGUUUCUACAGCUAUUCUUCUGGUCCUCAUUGUGAUGUACCACGCAAGAGAAAUUCAGCUCUUCAUGGUUGAUAAUGGAGCAGAUGACUGGAGGAUUGCGAUGACCGUGGAGAGGGUCCUAUUUGUUGCAUUGGAGCUCCUUGUGUGCGCGGUCCACCCCAUCCCGGGUCAGUACGUCUUCACCUGGACCACUCGAUUAGCCUUUAGCCAUACCUCCUCUGUGGCGGAUGCAGAUGUGGACAUUAUACUCUCUGUGCCAAUGUUCCUACGCUUGUAUUUGAUUGGACGAGUCAUGCUCCUUCACAGUAAACUGUUCACAGACGCGUCCUCACGCAGCAUCGGGGCGCUCAAUAAAAUAAGUUUCGACACCAGAUUUGUGAUGAAGACUCUGAUGACCAUCUGUCCAGGGACAGUCCUGCUGGUCUUCAGUGUGUCCUGUUGGAUAAUAGCAGCGUGGACAGUCAGAGUAUGUGAGAGGUACCACGAUGCUCAGGAGGUCACCAGUACUUUUCUUGGAGCAAUGUGGUUGAUCUCAAUAACCUUCUUGUCUAUUGGCUAUGGAGACAUGGUCCCUCACACCUACUGCGGUAAAGGGGUUUGCCUUUUGACUGGGAUCAUGGGAGCUGGAUGCACUGCCUUGGUUGUUGCUGUUGUUGCAAGGAAAUCUGAAUUGACGAGGGCUGAAAAACAUGUUCAUAAUUUUAUGAUGGACACUCAGCUUUACAAAAAGAUAAAAAACACAGCAGCCAAUGUGUUGAGAGAAACUUGGCUCAUCUAUAAAAACACCAAACUGGUGAAGAAAAUAGACCAUUCAAAAGUCCGGCACCAUCAGCGAAAAUUCCUCCAAGCUAUUCACCAAUUACGAAGAGUCAAAAUGGAACAGCGAAAACUAACAGAUCAAGCAAACACUGUAGCAGAUCUGGCUAAGACUCAAAACAUGAUGUACGAUUUAGUAUCAGAGCUGCAGCACAGAAGUGAAGAGCUGGACCAAAGGAUCGCGGCACUAGAAGAAAAACUGGACACUAUUCUCCUCUCAGUGCAGUCACUUCCAACAGCUCUCUCCCAGGCAAUAACGAAGUUACAAAAGGAUUUCCUGGAUGAUCUCGCUUGUCGGGUCCACUUCCUCUCAUCCUCUCUGAGCUCCGAGUGUUGCUCCAUCCCUGUGAGACAGCUCUGCCCAGGCCCAACCACAGCAGACACACAACACAGCCAAUAAGAAAAA